UUAGCGCUGGCACGCCCACCUUAUCAGUUCAUCACUCGCACGACAGAGCAUGCGAAAUCGCUCAGCUGCCUUCCCGCACAAACCUUCUCUCCACCCUAAAUGGCAACAAAUCAACAGCUCUUCAAACCCUCGAUUCCCAUUUCCCCUCCCUGCCUCGCUCACUCUUCCCCCUCUUCUCCAUCUCCGUUCCCACCAAAACCCUCUAACAACUCCCACUUCUUUGGCGCCGCGGCUUCCCACAUUCAGAGCCACCGUGUCUUCGUACCGGCUCUCACUCGGAGGCUCUUCCUUCCUUCAGUUUCCGGCCUCUGGGACGCCUUAACCGGCGGAAACUCCCCCCGGGAUGCCGUAAUCGCCGUCCGCCGCGGAAUGAUGCUUUUCCGACAGUUCUUUGAUGUCCUUUAUGCAUAUACACAAUUGAAGGGUGAUGUUUCUGGGUCCUUGGAGGAGUUCGAUAGGGCAAUCAAGCUUGACCCUCGUCAGAAGGCAUAUCUCUGGCAGAGGGGACUAUCACUCUAUUAUCUUGAUAGGUUUAAGGAAGGAGCAGAACAAUUUCGGUUAGAUGUUGCACAAAAUCCAAAUGAUACAGAAGAGUCAAUAUGGUGCUUUCUCUGUGAAGCUCAAAUUUAUGGAGUUGAUGAGGCAAGGAGACGAUUUCUUGAGGUAGGCAGAGAUCCACGACCUGUGAUGCGGGAAGCUUAUGACAUGUUUAAAGACGGUGGUGAUCCAGAAAAGCUUGCUGCCGAAUUUUCAAGAGGCCGCGAUAACGAAUACUUUUAUGCCGCUUUAUAUGCGGGGCUCUAUUACGAAUCAGAGCAAAAACCAGACUCAGCCAAAGUUCACAUACUGGCCGCCGCUCAGUCUCCUUAUGGUCUAAGGUUUGGCACGUGGUCGGAUGAUUACAUGGCUUCUCUAGCCAAGGUUCACUGUCUCUUCCGAAAUUGGACGACCCUUAAUUAGUUAACCAAUCUGGUUCAACCCUGGUGAGUCCCUCCCCCACCCCAACCCCAACCCCAACCCCAACCCUCUUUGUUUUUUUUUUUUCCAACCAAUAUUUAGAUGAAUAUAACAUGGCAUGUUUAGGGUUAUGCCGGCUAGCGUAGCCAUCUCACAGUAAAGUGAUUUAUUUUUGCUAUAUAUAUAUAUAUUGUAUUUAAUAUAUGUUUCGUACGCACUCGGAAUCACAAACGUUUUUAAUAUUUUUUUAUGUUGCGAGUUGAGUUGGGGCAAGUAAGCAUCAGGUACCAAAUUUAUGCCAGAUGCUUGCGAUUAAUAUGGUGGUUAGUAUUGAUUAUUAAUUUAUUACUAUAUGAACGGUUGCCCACAUGGCAACCAUCGGGAUCAAUCAUUUGUUCUUUUUAGCAUAUUCUAAGUCUCCCAUCGCAUGAGUUUGGGAUAUUCUGUAACCGAUUCGAUCACCUUGUAUGAUAUCAAUUAUUAUUAUUAACUCCAAGUGGAUGUUUCCGUGCAUUGACCGAAUUACCCCUCCGUUGUAUUUUUAGAUUAAAGGUAGCUCACCUCUUAUUACGUGGCUUGGCUUGUUGGUUUGCCUUUCAAAUCUAUCUAUCUAUCUAUCAAAGUCAAAGAAACUCAAAAAGAAAUUGAAGCUUCCAAGCUAACAACACUUUUAAGUUAAGAACUGCUUUUUUUAUUUAAAAUGUUGUAUUUUCAUACAGAACAUUGUCUUUGAUCAAUAUUUAUUAAUUAAAAAAACUAAGAACUAAAAACCGAUAAAACAAAAGACAAGAAGUGAAUAUUAAUUGAACUUUUACCUACUCAAAAGUAGAAACCCACACGUGGAACCUACAGCGGCAAAGUAUAAAUUAAAUAAAUGUUAUGGCUGCAGUUUAGACAUUUUGGGUCCCCUUAGCUCCUCUCAUUUUAGAGAAAAAGGUAAGUAAUGACGUGUCAAGUCUAUAAACCGGAAAGACAUGAGUGAGAUGUCUCUAAUUAGACGUUUUAUUUUUAUUUUAAAAUUUAUUAAAAGUUAUCUACUGUUUCAAAUUAUCAAAAUUUGAUUAAGGGUAAACACAUCUUAAUUUUAUUA